AUGGAGAGGUCACCCAAGUCCAGCGGAGACUACGAUUCCGAACGCACGGGUAGCCUGUCCACCACGGCACCCGCACAGGACAAGCUUGCCGGUGAGGACGGAAGAGGCAUCGGCGGAGCGUCGGGGGGGUCAACAAAGGCCAGCAGCGGCGCCACCCCGCCUCGGGGCACUCCGUCCCCGCGGCUGGACAGCAGCAGCUCGGGCAAGUCGACGCCGUCCCGCCUGGCUUCGUCCCCGCCGAAGGUGUCCUCUCCCAGAGAAGCGGCGCUGUCCGGGGAUGAUGAGUCGGACGAAGACCUGGCUGGCGAGCGCGUGUUGGCUGACGACGCCUUCAGCGGUGGCGGAGGCUUCGCGACCGGGGCGGAUCCUGCUCCCCCCGCCGCCGCCGCCAUUGAUGCGAGGAGGAACCACGGGGCCCCAAGCGGCGGAGAAGGCGCUACCGUCGGGACGGAAAGAGCGUCGAACGGUGAUGCUGCCAAGCCGAAACAGCAGGCGGUGGCUGGGCGAGCCGGCGUUGGCGAGUCGUUGCCGUCAUCGGUCUCCGCUGCUGGAACGACCGCGAGACCUCUCACACCCAACAGCACCAGCAAGCGGUCCCCCGGGCAGGGUGGCAGAAGCGGCGGGAAGGACAAGAAUCGAGCUCGUCACGGAGUGGACAAGAAGGGCAGGGCCAGCGUCGGCGGCGGUGCGAGUCGUCAGCAGGGGCAGCGUGCGGCCGGAGGUGCCCCUCAAGCCCGGCGCACGCCGAGAGCGGCAGCGGUUUCGGCUGCGGCUAAGAUCAAGAGCACUAGUGAGGGCGGCGGCGGGGCGCUGGGCGUCAUCGACGGGGCCGGCAGCGGUCUGUUCGGCGUCAGCGGAGCCGGGGGCUCGAGUGCGUUCACUAGCUACGGGUCCGAGGAGGCUCGGCCGGAUGAUAGCGAGGAGGAAGCCACCUUGGAUGGCUUGGUCGGCGCGAACCGUUCAGGGCCGUCCGCGCACUCGGCAUCGUCGUCUUCGGCGCCCAGGCCGAUAGACCCUCGCGAGUGGUACUGCGCCAGGACGCAGGUCGAGAAGAUGAUCAGGCUAGACUACCAGAAGGUGUACACGAAUUCGCCCAAGCUGUCGAUCGGGGGGGCUUCGUACACGUCGUAUCUGGCCAUGGUCGAGACGCCGAUAUGGCUCCGGGAGAUUCAGACCCGCGUGGCGCCGGUGAAGCCCAAGUGCAAGUACCGCACCAUCGACGAGUUUGUGCACGAUGUACGACGGCUCUGCGCCAACUCCUUCAUGUGGACGCGCGAGACGUCGAACGUGACGGUGCUCUCUUUCCUGCGGCUCCUAGAAACGGCUGAUGUGAAGAAUGUGCUCAGGCCGUCCAAGCCGCUAGUGCCCAAGUGGGAGAAGUGCUUGCAGGGAGGGUCUACCGAUAAUGAUCCACACGCACGUUCCCGCGGGAAGACAUUGAGGGACGUGAGUACCAUGCGGUUGCUUAACCGGCUCUACUCCCUGACGGCGCACAUCUACUACCUCUCGUACCCGAUGAAGAUCUACUACCUCUCCGACCCGCAAGCAGAGCCGAAAGACUACGCAGAGAAGGUGAAACAGCCGAUGUACAUGUCUAAGGUGGUUGUCAAGCUUCUAACCGGAGAGUAUUCGGACGAGGGAGGCAUGGUCGCCGACCUCCGGCUCAUGGUGGAGAACUGCAAGAGGUACUACACUAGCAGCGUCUUGCUCGACGCGGACACGACUCAGGCGGCCCUUGCGAACGCGGCGGCGGUCCAAGAUGCCCUGGAAGCGAGCACCACGGCCGGCGCGACGGCGGCAGCGAAGCCUAGCAAGAUCAAACAGGAAGGGCGGCGAUGGUCGUCACCGGACGUGUCUUUGUCGUUGGGGGCGACGGCGGCGGCGGCGGCGGUAGCGGCGGCGGUGUCCGCGGGCGAGGCACGCCGCACUCCCACGCCGCCAGGCACCGGCACCGGCACCGGCGUCUCGGCGGCAACCUCCAAGAAACCGUCCAGCAGGACUUCGUCCCCUUUGGGCGGCAGCGGUAGGAAGUCAGACGGGACAAGGAAGUCGUCGCUUGGCGGCGGGAUGGGUGAGCGGCCGCUGUUGAACCGUACGGACAAGACCACUGUCAGCCCCGGGGUGAUGAAAGCAAGGGCCAGUGCCAAUGCCGGGCGGCCGCCGGUGGCGAUCACGGGAGCGGCGGCCACAGGGGUGUUGAAGCCGAGGCCUUCACAGGGGGGAGGCAGGCAGGUGGAGGCCGCUGGCUCUGGAGGCGGCGCCGUCAUCAUCCCUGGUAGCCACUUGACGGCGAGCGAAUUCCCCCUGUCGCAAGCUCAAGCGCAGGCGUUGGGUCUCGUGGCCGCUAGUAAGGAGGGCAAGGCCAAGGCCAAGGAGCUCGUCGGGGCGAUCAAGGACCGAUGCCUCAAGAAAGUGAAGGAGAUUCAGGUGUACAAGCUCCCGACGAGUUGUGCAAGUUCUCAUCUCUUCGACCUGCCCGUCAACACUAGUGUGGCGACUGACUACGAGGGCAUCGUCUCCACCAAGAUGGACGUGAACACGGUCGUCAAAAGGCUCAAGAACAACCGCUACCCCACGGUGGAGUCUCUCUUCAGAGACCUCACUCUGGUGUACGACAACGCCAUCCGGUACUACCAGCAAGGAGGAGCUCACAAGAACAUUCUCAUUUACGAGGCGGCUAAGGAAGCUAUUAGGAACAAGGAGAAAGAGGCGGCCAGAUCCGCGAGGGAGAAGGAGGAGAAGGAGCGCAGGCUCAAGCAGCAGGCAGAGGCGCGGAGGAAGGAGGAGCUGGAGUUGGAGAGGAAGAGGAAGGCGGAGGCGGAGCGGAGGCGCAAGAAGAAGGCGGAGAGGGAAGCGGCCGCCAAAGCCGCGGCGGAGGCGGUGGCGCGGGCGGCCGCGAUAGCCCAAGAGGCGGAGGCGGCGGCGAGAGACGCUAAGGAGAAGCAGAUGCAGGUUGAGGCUAUGGAGAAGGCACACCAAGCCGCAGAUGAGGCGGUGGUGGCGGCGGAGCCGGCGCAGCCGUCGGCACCGCCGCCGGCCCCUGCGCCGGCGCCGGCGCCAGCGCCAGCAGAGCCCAAGAAGCCCAAACCCACCGCCGCCCCCGUGCCUCAACCGAGAUUCCGCGGCAAGGUUCUUAAUCUGACCGCCCGCGUGCCUCUCAUGCGUUUCCCGAAGAAUCCUCCCAAGGGGUCGAAGUCCACCAAGAAAAGGAAGGCUGCCGCCGGUGCCAAGAUCAGCAAGGCCGGCGGCGGAAGCACCGGCGGUGGUGGUGGUACGGCCGGGGGGUUGUCCGCCGUGUCGUGGUCGAAGACGUCGCCAAGCCGAUCGACGAGCCCGUUCCGUCCGGUGCCGAGUACGUCGUUGGCGGUAGGAGGAGGAGGAGGAGGAGGAGGCGCUGCCGCAGCCGGAGCGACGGCGGAGAGCAAGACGCCAAAGUCGUCCAAGGUUUCGAUUAAGAUACCGGCGCCCAACAAGUCUAGUGCCCCGCCCGGGGGGAGCCCGGAAGCCGGCGAGGUGUCUGCCGCUGCGGUGGCGGCGGCGGCGGCGGCGGCGGUGGCCCGCGGCCCUAAGAAGAAAGGAGGCGGGAGCAAGACCAAGACGUCACCGAACAAGGCUGGCGGCGGCGGCGGCGGCGGCGAGGCUUCGGCGGCCGGUCGGAGCGCAGGGUCGGGAACGGGAGCGGCUGAGAAAGAAACACCCAAGCUGACGCUUAGGCUGGGCAAGCUCCCGCACAAGCCCGGCAAGGCGUCGCUGAAGCCGGCCGCCGCGAGAACAGCCCCCACUCCCGGGCCCGCGAAACCCGCGGCCGCUCCCAAGCCGGCCACGGCGGCUCCGAAGCCCAAGGACCCGCCCGCUCCCAAGGCGAAGACGGCCACGUCUAUCCCCAAGGUCAAGGUGGCGCCGCCCACGGCCCCGAAGCCGAAGCCCCCCCCGGUCCCCAAGCCCAGAGCACCCCAGAAAUCGGCGGCGGCAACGGCGACGCCGGCUGCGCCGACUGUAGCACGCCCGGCGCCGGGCGGCAAGACUCCCAGUGGCGGAGGCAAGGCUACCGCCGCCGGCAAGGGUAAGAGGGCCAGAGCUGAAGCGGCUGCGGCCGUGGAGAAGGAGGCACCGCCUGCGGCGGCGGCGGCUGCUGCAUGCCGGCGGCGCUCGCCGCCGCCGGUGCCCCCCCCUCGCCCCCGGGAGCAAGACAAGAAGCCCCCCGCGGGGUGGGGGCCCGGUUGGGGCGCGGAGGCCGAGAUGCGCCCGGGAACGGAGCAGAAGUGGGUGAAGGAGGCGGAGAUCGUGAUGAAGCGGCUGCGGAAGAAGGACCAGCUUACGAACGACGAGUUCUUGCUGAGAUAUCCGGAGCUAGACAUGAACCUGACCAAGAAGUUCGUGCUCGGCGAUGAGGAGAUGGAGGAGUACCGCGCUCUGGUCGGAGAGCCCAUGAACCUGGAGCUGGUGGAGAAGAGGCUGCAGCACCCCAAGGAUUGCGGCGGGCCGUACAAGAACCCGCAGCACUUCGUCAACGAGGCCAUGCGCACCUUCACGAACGGCAUCGUGUGGUGGACCCAAGAGCGCUACCAGGGCGUCGAGUACGCCAACGACGUCGUCAGGGUCUGCAAGCACGUCCGACGCACUUUCCGUUGGCACUGCCUGGAGGUGCUGCCGCUCUGGAAGUGGGCGGGCAAGGACGGAGAGGAACCACCACCGCCGGACCCCCUGCCGAUCACGAAGGAGGAGUGGGAGGCGGAGGACAUGAGACCGUGCCCUCUGACAUGGAGGGAACAGAAGCGGGAGCGGCUCAUUCGGGAAGCGAGUGUGGCCGAAACCAAGCUUACCGAAGGAAGGAGCCACGCCUGUGCUCUUCUCAGGAGCAUGAUGAAGAAGGACAGCCACUUCUUCUUCACACCCGAGGUAGACUUGACGCUGAUACCGGACUACCUGGGGAUCUGCCCCCGUCCCAUGAGCCUCAGCAGAGUGGAGAAACUGAUCGGCGGUACGAAGGAGGAGGAGAAAGAACGAGAGUACCUCACCCACUCAGAGUUCAUGAGCGACAUGCGCCUCAUUUUCGCCAACGCCAUCGCCUACAACAACCCGGACAGGGUGGUGGAGGAGGUUGACCGGAUUGCAACAAAGUGGCACAACACGGCCCUGCUCAUGGGCGCGGAACUGGAGAAAUUCAUGGCUUCCCCGUACACCAUCCACGUGGUGGAAGAAAUUGCCCGAAACAAGAUGAUCCCCAUGGUCCACCACAAGAGAGAGGAAGAACGCAAGAAGCUCUUCCAGGAGACCGUACAGAAAAACCGCAUCGUGCAUCAGCAGGCGGAGCUCCAGCGCGUGGAGGAAGAGGAGGCGGAGGAGGACAGAGACCCGGUGGAGCGUGAAGAGACGCUGAGGCGGGAAAGCAAGCAGCGCAAGGCCGAGGACGACGAGCAGCUCCGCCUCAGGAAGCAGGCCGAGCAGGAGAGAGACGACAUGAUCGAGGCCAUGUGGACCAUGAACUACACGCACCGCAAGAGCAUCAAGGCCAUCAUGGAGCGCACACACAAGCGCUACAUCCGUAAGGAGGCGUGGCUGAGGGAGCGGCAGCGGCGGGAUGCGGCCCGGCUCGCGCCCGCGGCCCCGUCUAAUGGAUCCAGCAGCGGCGGCGGCGGCGGCGGCGGUGGCGGCGGUGGCGGCGGGAGGGUCGGUAGGCACUGGGGCGAGUCCAGACGGAGGUCUGCGGAGCAGCAGGGCGAUAAGUCUCCCCAAGCGGUCGCCAUCGUGGCCCACACGCCAGACCCCUCUUGCGCAGAGCCCGUGUUGAAGAAGCCGCGAGGCCAGUGGGCUGCGGUGGCGGCGAAGGGUGGCGGCGGUCGCAGCCACGACGGCGGGGGCGGCGGAGGUGCCGCGGCAUCGUCGGGGAGGCGAGACAAGCCGGCGGUCGGAGGUGGGAGGCUCAAGUUCCAUCUCAAGGACUUGAAGGAGGAGAAGCUGGUAGCGGCAGCGGCAGCGGCAACGAAGGUCUCCGAAGCCCAGCCCAUGGACGUCGACGGCGAAACCGAGCCUUCUUGUGGUGGCGGGGAGGGCUCGAACGUCGGCGGCGGGACGAAGCGGAAGGCUUCUUCUCCUUGUUUGACACCGGAGCCCCCCGCGGCGGGCGGCGGCGGCGGCGGCGGCGACCCCGUCAAGCCCGCCGUGCCCAACCGGGUGCGGCGCGUGAAGCUGUCCCUCUCCAAGCCUCUCCUGGCGAACGACGGCAAGACGUCCGGGGCGAAGCUGGAGCGAGCCGUCUGCAGCGACCCGCGCCUGGUGAAGAUGCAGUGGGACGGUGGUCUGGUGAUGGUCACGGCCGUCGUCAAGGACGCGAAGGGAGGGAAGGCGAUCCCAGACAUCGACCUCACGCAGAGCCCCUCGGGCAUGACCAUGGAGGCCCUGGGAGUGAAGAUCAGGAUAGCUGCUCCCCCGGAGGCAAAGAACAACGACGGCUUCUCCGCCGCCUGCGGGGGGGCCGUCGGCGUGAACUCCAUGAGGAGGCUCAGGGGGCAGCUGCAGAAGCUGGACGGGCACAUCGAUGAGCACGCGAGGGGCGGCGACGAGGGGCUCCGCUGGGUAGACAACCUCAAUCAGAAGAGGACGGUCCUGCGCCAGGUGGGCGCCAUCCUCGAGGACGAGUUCCGGUACCUGCCGGCCUUGGGGGGGCUCUGGAUGAGAGUCCGACACCUCCCGUCCGCGAAGUCGGGGUCCGGCGUGUGGAACACCGGGUCUGCCACGCCGACCAUCGAGUUCCGGGUUCUGAUGCGCCGCGCGCUGCUGGCCGAUGAGGGCGGGCUGACGGUGGAAGAGGACUCCGGGUACGCUGAAGCGGCUGCUGCUGCUGCUGCGGCGGCGGCGGCCGAGGCCGAGGCUGCAGAAGACAGCGAGGAGGAAGAGGAGGAAGAGGAGGAGGCAGACGCGGGCCGCUUCAAGAUUCCGAGCACGCCGCAGGAGUACAUGCACGCCCUCGAGGAACGGAUCUACAACGGUUACAUGGUGCACGAGGUGCUGUCGAGGGUGGUCGACCGGGCGGUCCACGUUGCUGUCGACGGGAUCGAAAUGGUGGACGCACAGGGCGGCCUUGUCUGGCCUCCGUGGUCUACGGAGGAGUGCAGGCGCCGGUUCCUGGAUAAGGGGGCUGCGGAAGACUUGGCCAGGCGCAGGGACGUGUUGUAGUUGGUUGGUGGGAGGUGGGAGGGAGCGCGCUUUUGGGCAGGUUGCGAGUUGAGUGCGUGCGGGAGCGGUGGUGUGAUGUGCAAGACUGGCUGUAGACUGUAGAUAGAAUGGGAGGAAAGGGAAGGGGGCCUCUCCUCUCGGUCUCUUGGGUGUUAAAUUAAUUCAGAGAUGGGCAGGGAGUUUUACAAUUUGUUUCAGUUACAAAAAAAAAAGGGAGGAAAUCGCAAACAUGCAUCUACCCGUCUGUCUGUGUUUGUCCUGUCUUGUCCUGUCUUGUCUUGUCUAUGCUAUGUGCGUGGCGUCAUGUAACUUGACUUUUGUUUUACACCAGGCGGCAGCAUCACUAGGCACACUACAUCGCACGCACGCAGUACGAUAUGCGGCUUAUUGUCUCAUCUCAUGAAAGAUGUCGUUUGACCCAGUAACUGGUCGUUUUGUGUUUCUCUUUGGUCCUUGUCUCAAGUACAGUAUGCAUUGUGCUUGUCAUACAAUAAACAAUGAUCUGAUGUUGUAAUCUAGAGGAGUUAUUGAUGUUCCCGAAGGCUCGGGGUGGAAGGGAAGGGAAAAAAGAUGGGCGCGAGAAAAGAUAUGCAUUUUCAUGCUACGCAAACAGUUUUUGGGGGGAAGUGUACGUGUAGAAUACGUGUAGUGUAUGUUCAUUCGUGUCCUGAUGUGGUGCGUGGGUGUUUGUAACCGCACAAGCCUUCGUGUUCAUCGCAGCUCCUCCUGUAAUUAAUUUUCCGGGGUCUUGGGUGCCCUUUCUCAUUUCCUCAAUUUCAAUUUUCUGCUCAAGGGGCGGGGGUGGUGGAGUCCAUGCGAACAUCCCCUCUUUUUUCGAGUACCUUGUUGUCCAUCGCUGGUGACGCUAGAUGUCUGUCUGCUAUAAUCGUUUUGGAUUACAAUAUGCACAGGAGGCCGGGUUUGUGCGCUUGUUGUUGCGUUUUUUGGAAGGGCUCGAUGGCGUGCAUGCAUGGUAUGUGGACUGCUGUCAUAGCAUCGAAUUCUGCAAGAAAUUACCAGUCAGUCACGAAAAGAAAGGAAAGGAAAGAAAAGAAAAGAAAAGGAGGGGCUCAAGGGAUGACAGGAGGGAGAGUGCAGGAAAAUGAGUUGCUUCAAGAAGAAAAAACAUGUGGUUGCAUGAGGGUGUGUUUGUGAGGGGGUGGAUGGGAAACAAAGGAGGCAAGGAAGGGGGGUGUUUAUGGUGAUUUUAUGUACCAUACGGUACGGUACGAGGUAAGGAGGCGUGAAGGGUGGAGGGUGGGGGGAAGUGAGUUGCAAGAGAGAAAACGAGAAGUUGAAAAUCGGCGUGUCUUUUGAUGCAGCGGCUAGUUGACCUUGUCCACGCCACGAGAAUCAGUGAGAACUUUUGGACAGAGAAGAGAGAAGGCCUUUGUUUUAUUUCCCUUAAUUCCCUUGGAAAUAGAAACAGAGAGAUAACCGCGGUGAGACGAAAACGGGGGAAGUAAAAUCAACCAGACCGGAGAUGAGAUGAGAUGACAUAGGGAGGGGGGGGGGGGGCGUGUGGGUGCAGCUUGGGUGCGCGCGGGGGACGGGAGAGAGUACCAAGCAUGAAGGCGAGUGACUGAAGUGGGACGUGUUUCUCCACAUAGUUUCAAGGCCGGGCUUCUUUGGCGAAAAGAGCGGUUGACCUGCGGAGUCAGUGGACGUGAAGUGAAAGCUUGCCUCUGCCCCUGUUCACCCGUCGUGUCUGUUUCUUGUACCGACAGAACUGACAAAAGUGAUUGAU